AUGGAGAUGAGGGACGGGAGCAGUCCGGAGGAUCCGGUCAACAGAUAUCCGGUAGAGAAGUGCAAGCCGAUAGAUGGUAUUGUAAAGAAAAAACUUGGCAUCCUAUGCACCAUAGCAACUCUCAUUAUUAGAGACCUCACAUAUCCAACUCAUCCUCUCCAAAAAGUUUGCGACCCUGUGUACAUGUUUCAAGACUCUGUACCAAACCAUAAGUUUACCUUCAGCAUUCAACUUUCCUCAGUGCACAGGAGAAGCUCUGAUGUGGAUGAGCCAUGCAGCACUGAUUGUGAGCAAUUCUUUCAAAUGAAGGAAUUGGUCCAUUCAGGGACUCAGACAACAGGAGAGAACGAAGAAUCUGAAGCCAAGGGCAAACUAGAAUCGGAGCUAUGUCGUGUCAAGGAACAGCUAAAGGGCUCACAAAUAAAUGUUGCGUAUCUAUCAGAACAGGUGGGGACAUACAGAUAUAGAUGGUUGGAAGAGUACCACCGCGCCGAGAACCUUGAGCAACAUAUGCCGGAUGAGGUCUAUAUACCCCACCUUAACCAGAUCCCAGAGGAUGCCCCUUCUCCUAGGGACCUCUUGCCCAAGUUCUUGAGUUGGGAUGAUGAAGGUUCAUGA